AUGGACUUCUUAAGUAUUCCAAGAGCCACUCUGGCGUUGAACUACUUGGAUACUAAUAGUACGACCCACGCCUCCCCGUUCUCCGCCAUCGCAGAGCUCGUCGACAACGCGUAUGAUGCCGACGCUGCAACUCUCGAGAUCAAUUUGGUGCAACACUUUGGCGAUUACUACCUGGAAUUCAAGGACAACGGUACCGGUAUGUCGCAAGAGGAAGUGGCGAAGACGAUUCUCUUCGGUCACUCGAAGAAGACGAGCGAGAAAAUCGGCCGCUACGGAAACGGAAUGAAAUCCGGCGGCUUCAAUCUCGGUCGUGAACUCUUCAUGAUCACCAAAAGAGACGACAUCUACACGUGUCUUCUCAUCUCACACGCAUUUCAUGCAGACAACGAGAUAACUGAUGAAGUCUUGUGUCCGUGUGUAUCGAUGGAUAACUACGGAAAUCCAGUGGAAAACACAACGAGAAAAUUCCCGUGGACACUGGAGGAACACGAAAAAGAGCUCGAAAUCAUCAUGAAAUACGCGCCAUUGAGAGGACGUACUCUCCAGGAGAUGUUCGGACGGUUUACCGACAGGACUGGUACUCUCAUAAUCAUUGCUCAUCUGAAGAAAACGGGAAACGAUGGAAAACGGCUGGGGAUUGCUUUGAAUGGAAAUGAUAUUGAGACGAGAGCAGAGGACGCGACACAAAGCGAACGAUCGCUCAGAGAAUACCUCAGUAUUCUGUACCUCUACCCAAAGAUGAGAAUAAUUCUCUGCGAGGAGCUCGUCCAACCGAAGAAGAUUUGUGCCAAUUGGAUUGGAAGAUAUCACAGUGAGAUGUCUGCUUCGCCGUUCAAUGACGGUCACAAUAAGAAUGUGGCUGACAUGAUAUCGGCCAGAGACAGGCUUCAACAGCAGAUCAACGGCUACACCACCGAUACCCAAUAUCGGAACGAGUCGGCACAGACAGUCAAUCAAGUGAAAGAAACUCGAACGCAUUUCAACAGGAUUCUGACACCACUCCAAACGGAUCUCGCAACUUGCGACGGGAUACUCAAGGAUCUUCAGAACGCGAAUCGAAAGAAGACGUUCAAAGUCAUAAUGGGAUGUGACAUUCAGGAUCGAGAGAACAACGGAAUGCACUUCUACAUCAACAAUCGUCUCAUCACUUGGGGACACAAAUCAGCGAUCUUCCGAUCGAACACGACGAACACGUUGGGAAUCUCGUUGUACGUCAACGUCGGUUACGAUGUCUUCAGUCCGACACACAAUAAACAGAGUUUCGAGAGUCAGAAUGACUUCAAAUUGCUCGUCAAAAAGUGCAACGCCUUGUUGAACAUCUACCAGAAGGUAAUGGAGUACCAGUGGAUCCCGAAUCAUUUGAAACGACAAUGGAAUUAUCAACUGAAACAGGACGAGGAUGUUUGGGCGCAGUUUUGGCUGAAAUAUGGAUACACUGACGCCACUACGCCGAAUUUGCCGAGAAGAGCGUUGACCGAUGAGGCCAAGAGAAUGGUCAUAAAGUUUUGCGGAGUUUGGCUGUUGUGCCAACGGUGCAAAACAUGGCGUUGCACAGACGGCACCAUCCCUCCAAGGGAGCACCCAUAUUUCAGCUGCACGGCCAUUCACAAAGUUUGCUAUCCGUCUCGUUCUUUCGUUGGAACCGACCCAGAGACGAAGGUCACUCAAGUCUUGCCAGCCCAAGCUCCACUGCCACCACCACCGGUUACACCAGCACGUCGCAUAGUCUUCGAGCCACGUCAUCAGUCUCCAGUCGAUCGAAUGGCUGCAAAUAGAGAUUUAGGGGGUAGACGGAUGGCGGAGAGAUCGGUUGAAGAGGCAAGAAGACAUUUGCCGAGAAUCAAGAGAACUCCAACACCAGAGAUUGAUGUAGUUGGAGAGGUGGAGGACGAGGAUUCACAGCCAGUUGAGGUCGAUCCGACUGAUUUUGAUGAAAGCGAUCCCCCGGGUGUCCCGUUGAUUGUGAAGAAUGAGCAAGUUCAAGUUCGUCGUUCAGUUGAAGUUGUUGAUUUGGUAGAUGAUGAAGAGGAGCAGGCAGAUGAUGAUCAAGAACAAGAAGACGAUGAGGAGAGAGUGAAUAAUGUUCAAGAAGUGCGACCACAAAAGGUCUACGCGAAGAAGCCGGCAGGAACCAAAGUGAUCCGACGACGUCAACACGAUUCAUCAUCAGAUGAUAGUUUUGGAGAGGAGGAGGAGGCGUCACCGAAGAAGGUGAAGACUGAACCGAGCACCUCGUCGCAGAGAUUGAAGUCGACGGUGAAGCCAGCGGUGUCGAGACCGGGCGUUCCGGAAGGACAAGUAUUGAUCUCAAAAGAGCAUCUGGACAACUACAACCAAUUCCUCGUCUGGUUCAAUACAACACCCAUCUCAUCGGGAUCGAAACGAGUAAUCGACGUGGCUCAAAUGAUCAAAACUCGUCAGGGAAUGAUCAACAGAGAGAAGCGAACUGCCGUGGCAUUGGGUGAUCUUGCUGACAGGGUUUUGGAUGAAUUCCAGAAACACAGUCGUGCCACCGGAAUUCGAGUUCCGGCGAGGGGACAAUUUGGUUCGGCACUUGAGAGACUCACCACAGUCAACGCCAACAUCACAGAAGCGAAGAGAAGAAAGGCUGCGAGGAAAUAA